CAACCCCCUUACUAAUCUCUUCCCUCCCGCCACCACGCUGGGAUCCCCAUCCCGCUUAAAGUACCCAAAACACCCCUGCACAAUCGAUUAAUUAUCUAAUCAUUACACCCAAUGCAUAGCCCAGUAUAUAAUAGUAACUAUAAUGUCAUCAAUUUCCAAUCACACCACUGUCGCUUGUCGUUUCUCUCUCUGCCUCUCUUCAUCACUGCACUCAAGCCCCCCAGAACAGCUAGAGAGAGAAAAUACACUGACACCGUCUCUAAGCGUUUCUACACUAGUAAUAGUUUCAGAACUAGGGCCAUGCCGUCUGGCGAGGACAAUGGAGCUUUGCGUAAUUUCAAGCUGAACGAAUCGACGUUUUUAGCUUCACUCAUGCCGAAGAAAGAGAUCGCUGCCGACCGGUUCGUUGAGGCGCACCCCGAGUACGACGGCCGCGGCGUUGUUAUUGCCAUUUUCGAUUCUGGUGUGGACCCGGCAGCUGCGGGACUGAAAGUGACUUCAGAAGGAAAGCCGAAAAUUUUAGAUGUUAUUGAUUGUACUGGAAGUGGAGAUAUUGAUACAUCAACCAUUGUGAAGGCAGAUGAUAAGGGGUGCAUCCGUGGGACUUCUGGGAAUUCUUUGGUUGUAAAUUCGUCAUGGAAAAAUCCAUUAGGAGAAUGGCAUGUCGGAUGUAAAUUGGUUUAUGAGCUUUUCACGAAUACUCUGACAGAUAGGUUGAAGAAAGAGAGAAAGAAAAAGUGGGAUGAAAAAAAUCAGGAAGCAAUAGCUGAAGCUGUAAAGCAACUUGAUGAAUUUGACAAGAAACACACAAAGGUUGAUGACACAAUCUUGAAAAGGAAACGAGAAGAUCUCCAAAGUAGAGUUGACUUUCUGCGCAAGCAGGCUGAGAGCUAUGAUGAUAAAGGACCUAUUAUAGAUGCUGUUGUAUGGAAUGAUGGAGAAGUUUGGAGAGCUGCUCUCGACACGCAGGGUCUUGAGGAUGAAUCAGGAUGUGGGAAGCUUGCUGACUUUGUUCCUCUUACUAAUUAUAGGAUUGAACGGAAGUAUGGCAUCUUUAGCAAAUUAGAUGCUUGUACAGUUGUCCUUAAUAUAUACAAUGAAGGCAAUGUUUUGAGUAUUGUCACCGACAGUUCUCCUCAUGGUACUCACGUUGCUGGUAUUACGUCUGCUUACCAUCCAAAGGAACCUCUGUUAAACGGAGUUGCCCCAGGAGCUCAGUUGAUCUCAUGCAAAAUUGGAGACUCACGGUUAGGUUCAAUGGAAACAGGAACAGGUUUGGUUCGAGCACUGAUUGCGGCUGUGGAGCACAAGUGCGAUCUUAUAAACAUGAGUUAUGGGGAACCCACUUUACUUCCGGAUUAUGGUCGCUUUGUUGACCUAGUAAAUGAGGUAGUCAACAAGCAUCGGCUGAUAUUCAUCAGUAGCGCGGGUAAUAAUGGACCAGCAUUGAGCACUGUGGGUGCACCAGGUGGUACAACAUCAAGUAUAAUAGGAGUUGGAGCAUAUGUUUCUCCUGCAAUGGCUGCAGGAGCCCACAACUUAGUUGAAGCUCCUCCGGAAGGUCUUGAAUAUACAUGGUCUAGUCGCGGACCAACUGUUGAUGGGGAUCUUGGAGUCUGUAUAAGUGCCGCUGGUGGUGCCAUGGCUCCUGUUCCUACAUGGACCCUUCAACAUCGCAUGUUUAUGAAUGGAACAUCAAUGUCAUCUCCAUGUGCUUGUGGAGGGGUUGCGCUGCUUAUCAGUGCCAUGAAGGCUGAAGGUGUUCCUGUGAGUCCUUAUAGUGUACGGGAGGCACUUGAGAAUACAUCUAUUCCUGUGGGUGAUUCUCCUGAAGAUAAAUUAUCUGCUGGACAGGGGUUGAUGCAAGUUGACAAGGCCUAUGAUUACAUUCAGAAGUCGCGUGACAUCCCAUCUGUUCGGUAUCAAAUAAAGAUCACUCAAUCUGGAAAGUCAACACCUACAUCAAGAGGCAUCUACCUAAGGGAGGCUGAUUCAUGUCAAAGGUCGACUGAGUGGACAGUGAAAGUGGAACCAAAGUUCCAUGACGAUGCAAGCAACUUAGAUGAGCUUGUUCCUUUUGAAGAAUGUGUAAAGUUACAAUCUUCUGGAGAGGCAGUGGUGAGGGCGCCGGAGUAUCUCCUCCUAACUCAUAACGGUCGUGAGUUCAACAUAAUUGUGGAUCCUACCACUCUUAAUGAUGGUUUACACUAUUACGAAGUUUAUGCAUUAGACUGUAGAUCUCCAUGGCGUGGUCCUCUCUUCAGAAUUCCUAUCACCAUCACAAAGCCUCAAGCUGUGAAAAAUCGACCUCCAAUUAUUGUAUUCCAAGGAUUGUCAUUUGUACCAGGCCACAUUGAACGCAAAUUUGUUGAGGUACCAAUUGGUGCCACCUGGGUUGAGGUAACUGUGAAAACAUCUGGUUUCACUACAGCUCGAAGAUUUUUCAUAGACUCUGUUCAGAUCUCUCCACUGCAAAGACCCAUUAAAUGGGAAACCGUGGCCACAUUUUCUUCUCCUUCUUCCAAAAGUUUUGCCUUUGCCGUUGAGGGAGGCAGAACUAUGGAACUAGCAAUUGCCCAGUUUUGGUCAAGUGGCGUAGGAAGCCAUCAUACAACCAGUGUGGAUUUCGAGAUUGCAUUUCAUGGCAUCGACAUCAACAAAGAGGAAAUCAUUCUGGAUGGGAGUGAAGCACCAGUACGGAUUGAUGCUGAGGCUCUUCUUUCAUUGGAGAAUCUUGCCCCAGCAGCUGUGCUAAAUAAGGUAAGAAUCCCAUAUCGUCCUGUUGAUGCUAAACUGAGCACACUUCCGGCGGAGCGUGACAAACUGCCCUCAGGCAAACAGAUACUGGCACUCUUGCUAACUUACAAGUUGAAAUUUGAAGAAGGUGCUGAGAUAAAGCCUCAUAUUCCCUUGCUAAACAAUCGCAUAUAUGACAAUAAAUUUGAGUCUCAGUUUUACAUGAUAUCAGAUACAAACAAGCAUGUAUAUGCAAUGGGCGAUGUUUAUCCAGAUACUGCCAAGCUUCCCAAGGGUGAAUACACUUUACAGCUCUACUUAAGGCAUGACAAUGUGCAGUAUUUGGAGAAGAUGAAGCAGUUGGUGCUAUUCAUUGAGAAAAACUUGGACGAGAAGGAUGUGAUUCGAUUGAGCUUUUAUGCACAACCUGAUGGCCCAGUGACGGGUAACAGCAGCUUUACUUCUUCAGUUUUGGUUCCAGGGUAUGCUUUUGUUAUAUUUUUCUAUGCUUCCAUUAUCUUCUUAUCAAUCAGAUCUUAUAAAUACUUAUUGAGUUGCAACAUAUUUACUGAUGAUAGAGCAAAGGAAGCAUUUUAUGUGGGCCCUCCUGCAAAGGACAAGCUACCCAAGGGUAUUUCUGCAGGAUCUGUAUUGAUUGGGGCAAUUUCAUAUGGAAAGGUUGCUUUUGGCGUUAAUAAUGAGGGGAAAAAUCCAGAAAAGAACCCUGUAUCUUAUUGCAUAUCAUAUAUAGUUCCGCCAGUACAGUUUGACGAGGACAAAGGUAAAGGCUCUUCUUCAAGUUGCACCAAAAGUGUGGAAGAACAGUUAGAGGAAGAGGUCCGCGAUGCGAAAAUAAGGGUUCUUUCCAGCCUAAAGCAAAGCACAGAUGAGGAACGUUCAGAUUGGAAAAAGUUAUCAAUCUCGCUCAAGUCAGAGUACCCGAAAUAUACUCCAUUGCUUGCUAAAAUAUUGGAAGCCUUAAUAUCCCAGAACAAUGUUGAAGACAAAAUUCAUCACUAUGAAGAGAUUAUUGGUGCCGCAGAUGAGGUUAUAGGAAGUAUUGAUACAGAUGAGUUGGCAAAAUAUUUUUCCCUCAAAAGUGAUCCUGAAGAUGAGGGAGCAGAAAAAUUGAAGAAGAAAAUGGAGACAACACGUGACCAAUUGGCAGAGGCUUUAUAUCAGAAAGGAUUGGCUCUAGCAGAGAUUGAAUCAAUAAAGCAGGGCGAGAAGGUUGUGGAUAAGGAGGAUGCUAAAGCCGCAUCAGAUUCUAGUGUCAAGCCAGAUCUAUUUGAAGAGAACUUCAAAGAACUCAGGAAGUGGGUGGAUGUGAAAUCCUCCAGAUAUGGAACCCUCUUUGUUAUACGUGAGAGACGUCAAGGGCGGCUUGGAACUGCACUAAAGGUGCUAAGUGACAUGAUCCAAGAGGAUGGCCAACCUCCCAAGAAGAAGUUUUAUGAUCUGAGACUUUCACUGCUGGAGCAGAUUGGGUGGCAUCAUCUCGUGUCCUACGAGAAACAAUGGAUGCAUGUGCGCUUCCCUGCCAGUCUCCCUCUUUUCUAAGCUUUUGCUUCACCAUACAAACUCUGCACUAUGUAUGCAAUGCAUGCUUCCCAUUGCAAUUUUCGUGAGAAAUAAUGAUCAUCCCUGAUGAGGAGGAAUAAGUGAAAUAAAACAUUUGGAAUAAUAAAUCUUUCAGUUUCUUAGCAUGUUACCAGAGUAGUGGUUUAAUCGUAAACAAGGUUGUCUCCUCAGAUGUUAUUGCUUACAUAAUUAACUUCAUAUCCUGUUCUUGUA